ACUUCGCAAGCCGCCCUCGCGUCAAUAUCCUCCCCCUCCGUCCUCAAGACUAUCGCUAAGUAUGGCCGAUCAAAUCGAAAAGGCUUUCCAGAAGCAGCCUCUCUUCCAAAACACGAAGACGCGUGUUGGAAAGAAGGUUUCCACCAAAGAUAAGCGGUGGUACAAGGACGUCGGCUUGGGCUUCAAGACGCCUUCUGAUGCCAUUAGCGGCACCUACAUUGAUAAGAAAUGCCCCUUUACUGGUGAAGUUUCUAUCCGCGGUCGCAUCCUGACAGGCCGUGUCGUGUCCACGAAGAUGACCCGCACCAUCGUCAUCCGCCGGGACUACCUCCACUAUAUCCCCAAAUACAACCGUUACGAGAAGAGACAUAAGAACUUGGCGGCGCACUUGUCGCCCGCGUUCCGUGUUGAUGUUGGUGAUAUUGUCACUGUUGGCCAGUGCCGACCACUCUCAAAAACUGUCCGUUUCAAUGUUCUCCGAGUGUCGAAGAACAAGGCCGCGGUCAAGUUCGGCAAGUUCUAGGGGAUGGGCUGAGGUGGACGCGGGGGUUCUUAUUUUGCAUCGGCUGUCACUUUCCUGUUCAUGUCGCGCUAUGCUAUGCACC